CAGAGCUGAGCUCCUUCAGUCCUCCGGCAGACCGGAGCGGAGACGGACGGACGCUGGCGUGUCUGCGUGUUUGUGACCAUUAAAAACUUGUCGGACUGGGAGCGAGAUCUUAUUUUAACCUUUCAUUACUUUUUUUCCCCCGUUUUCUGUUUCGAUCUUUAAGACAAAUGACGCGAGAAAAAACGGGAAAAAGAAGAAGUGACGGCGGGCUCUCCAUCAGCUCUUAUUCCUCACGUUCUCACUUACUCUGAGCGUUCGGGCUUCCAGCCAGCAAGAGUUCAACGCUCAUGGUCUUUGCAUUGAUUGAGAAAAGCUCUUCCUGUUUAGCCGGGAGUCAUUCUUUCCCCAGCACAUCCUUCAUACUGAGUUCCUUCAAAAAUUCAAUGAUGAAAAGCUUUCAAUGAGCGAAUGCUACGAUAAGUACCGGCCAUGGCUGCCCAUCGAAUUAUUAGAAUGACGAACAACAACCACAUCCUCCCUCGCUGUAAGUCUGAGGGGACACUCAUCGACCUCAGUGAAGGGGUCACCGGAGCCAGUCUCAGUGAUGUCAAAGUGCCUUCUCCCAGUGCCUUAAGGCUGGACACUUCAGCUUCCUAUGGAGCUGCACAGGAAGUGGUUGCCAUAAAGGAUUAUUGCCCCAGCAGCUUCACCACGCUGAAAUUCUCCAAAGGUGAUCACCUCUAUGUGCUUGACACAUCAGGUGGAGAGUGGUGGUAUGCCCACAACAACACGGAAAUGGGCUACAUCCCGGCUGCCUAUGUCCAGCCGGUCAACUUCAGGAACUCUUCGCUUAGCGACAGUGGGAUGAUUGACAGUCUCGGGGAAGGGUACGAGGAUGGGUCAAAGGAGUUUGGAGGUUUGGGGGAGUGGACAGGGAUGUCCCUUAAGCCCUCCCCAAUUUACAACAACAGUUCCUUCUCUGUGAACCCCUUUAUCUGUCCGUUAGAUCAAAACUGCAAAGAUAUAGGUGUAAGGAACUCAACAGACCUUAUUCUGUUUGAUGCACUGGCAUCUCCUUCAUCUUGCUCCAACUUUAACACUAGUACAAUCAUGACCAAUGGGUUCAGCAGCUGCCACAUUAACAAUACCACCCCCACCAGCCCAAACCAAGAAGUUGUACCUAACUCUCACAGGGAUAACCCAUUCUUCAGGAGUAAACGUUCCCACAGUCUCUCAGAACUGUCAGUCCUGCAGGCGCAGUCAAAUCCAACCUUACCCUCUUCAGGAUUCUUCACAGGCCUUAAGGCUCCUUCACCGGAGCAGUUUCAAAGCAGGGAGGACUUUAGGACUGCUUGGUUGAACCACAGAAAGCUAGCCAGGUCUUGCCAUGACCUUGACUCCCUGGGCCAGAGUCCUGGGUGGGGCCAGACGCAGCCGGUGGAGACCAACAUCGUGUGCUGGUUGGACAGUAAUGGAGGAGUUGUUCAGCUCCCAGACACCCACAUCAGCGCACACAUCCCCGAAGGCCACGUCAGCCAGGGAGACCACCAACAGAUCUCCAUGAAAGCCUUACUAGACCCUCCUCUGGAGCUCAACAAUGACCAGUGCUCCACUGUCAGCCCUGUGGUGGAGAUCAAGCUCAGCAACAUGGAGACCAAGUCCUUUAUCACAUUGGAGAUGAAGGUAUUGGUAACUGUCAAGAAGGAAAGUUGUCACACUGCAGAGGUGCUUUGCGUUCGAAGUGACUGCAAAGAAGGGCCUUACAUGCCUGUCCCUAAUGCUUACAUUUACAAGGAUACUGUCCAGGUGCAGUUGGAUAGUCUAGAGCCUUGUAUGUAUGUGGCUGUUGUGAUUCAGUCACAGUACAUCAGCCACAAUACGACUGUUUGGGACCAUGUGCAGAGGAAAGUAACUCUGGGUGUGUAUGGACCCAAACACAUCCACCCUUCCUUCAAGACAGUUGUGGCCAUGUUUGGACAUGACUGCGCCCCCAAGACUUUGUUGGUAAGUGAGGUAGGCCGGCAAGGUAGCUCCACCCCGCAAGUGGCCCUCCAGCUGUGGGGGAAGCACCAGUUCAUGCUGGGGUUCCCUCAGGACCUCCAGGUGGGAUUGUACUCCAACAUGUCCAAUUACCAGGUGAAGGCGAGCGAGGGUGCAGGGAUGAUUCGGGGAUUUCAGGUUAAACUGGGGAAAGUCAGCAGGCUGCUGUACAUGAUCACAUCACACAACCCCAACAGCAUCUCAGACUUCACUCUCAGGGUCCAAGUCAAGGACGCCCUCGACUGUAUCCUCACCCAGUUCUGUGUCCAAACUCCUCAGCCGCCGCCAAAGACCGGAGCGAGGAUAAUGGGCCAGAGGAGGUUUCUGAAAAAGAAAGAGGUGGAUAAGAUUGUCCUCUCACCGCUGGCUGUCACUUCCAAAUACCCAAAGUUUCAGGACCGGUGCAUUAUCAACCUUAAAUUCGGCAAGUUGAUCAAAACAGUGAUCAGGCAGCACAAGAGCACUUAUCUGUUGGAGUACAAGAAGGGGGAUGUUAUUGCCUUGCUCAGCGAGGAGAAAAUCAAACUGCGAGGGCAACUGCGGACCAAAGAGUGGUACAUUGGAUACUAUCAGGGGAAGAUAGGCCUUGUCCAUGCCAAGAACGUUUUAGUUCUGGGUAAGGUCAAGCCCAUUUAUUGGUGUGGGCCGGACCUAACGACCACAAUGCUCCUGGAGCAGAUCCUGAAGCCUUGCAAAUUUCUUACAUACAUCUACGCAACUGUGAGGACGGUUUUAAUGGAGAAUGUGGGCAACUGGAGGACGUUUGCAGAUGCCCUGGGGUAUGGAAAUUUGCCACUGAAUUAUUUUUGCCGGACAGAGCUGGACAAUGAGCCGGAGAAGGUGGCGUCGGUUCUGGAAAAACUCAAAGAGGAGUGUACGAACGUGGAGAACAAGGAGAGGAAGUCCUUCCAGAGGGAACUCAUGAUGGCGUUGCUGAAGAUGGACUGCCAGGGUCUGGUUGCCAGACUGGUCCUGGAUUUUGUCUUGUUGACCACAGCGGUGGAGGUGGCGUCCCGGUGGAGAGAACUGGCCGAGAAACUUGCUCGAGUGUCCAGACAGCAGAUGGAGGCUUACGAGGCUCCACAUCGCGACAAAAAUGGUCUAUUAGACAAUGAGUCCAUGUGGAAGCCAGCCUACGACUUCCUCCUGACGUGGGCCGCCCACGUGGGGGACAGCUACAGAGAUGUGAUCCAGGAGCUCCACCUCGGCCUGGACAAGAUGAGGAACCCCAUCACCAAGAGGUGGAAGCACCUGACCGGCACGCUAAUCCUUGUCAACUGCCUCGAUACCCUCCGCAGUGCCGCCUUCUGUCCCACCGGAUAUGGAGAUUUCGCUGUGUGAACAUUUUCAUCCACCUGGAGAACAUUUUUUAAAAGUCUGUGAGGGUUGUCUUCUUCAGUUCAUGGUGGGAGUUACUGGAAUUCGGUACUUCUUGGUCCUAAGAUUCGUCUGUGGAGUUUAGUUGAUGCUGGUGAACAUUCAUUGUUCAGCAAGACAGCAUUGAGGACACAAAGUUUGGGAUUGAUGUCAGGGAUCGAACCUUUGACCGUCCAGUACAGGGUAC